AUGGAUGACCAAUUUGGGGGCCGGACGGACGACGAUCUGUUCUACGACGACUUCGAGCCGGUCGAGUCUGAAGCCGUCCUGAUCACAGAAGAGCCUUAUAUCCCGCCUUACACGCAGCCUGAGCCAGCUGCCACACCAGUUCCGGACCCAGCGCCAGCUCAGGCUCCAACGUCCGCUGCACCAUCUCGGCAGAGUCAAACUCCUCCGUCCUCAAAGCCGUCGCCAGCUCCCGCGCCUGCUGCUGCCAAAAGCAAGAAGCCCUCCAAGGGCCUUUCAUCUUCGCGCUUCGCUGAUAACCCUUCUCCCAAGCCUUCUCCCGCACCAGCAAAGGCUCCUACACGAGCGCCGAAGCAAGCACCGAAGCAAGCACCGAAGCAAGCGCCGAAGCAAGCUCCUGCGAAACGUCCCGCGCCAGCUCCCGAACAGGCUCCUCCACAGGCUGAAGCCAAGGCUCCCGUAGCUGAAACCCCGGACGAGACUUCUACUCAGGCUCAGGCACAGUCUCCUCCUCCUCCCUCUAAUGCAAGCGCUACUCCCAAGGAGAGACCGCAGCGAAUAUCUCCGCCGCAAAACACCGCCGUCAGCGCCGACGCACGCGCCAAGUCUGGCUCUAACCCGCGACAGAAGCUUACAGAAAAUGAAUUGGCUGCUAAGAUGGAGAAAAUGAAAUUGCUGUCAGCAGAGAAGGCGCGCAAGUUUGAGAUGGCAGAACAAGACGAGAAGCAGCACGCCGAGGCAUACGCGCGAGGAAUGGAGGAGGCGCGCAAAAGAAGAGCAGAGGAGGCAGAGAGAAGGAAACGUGGCGAGGAGGAUAGACGUAAGUUAGAGGAUGAGCGGGCCAAGAAUCGCGAGAGGAAGCUCAAGGCUAUGAACAUCAAAGAUGGCAGCUGGGACGAAGGCAAAGAGGCCCUGGCGGAGGAAGAGGCAAGAAGGGGCUUUCGCGGCGCAAACGGCGGUGUCAGGGGAACCAAGAGCCGAGGUCUGGGUGGAAGCCGAUUCGCUCGAGAUGAGGAAUCUCCGGAUGUCGACCGCUUCCUCGAUGACCGCUACCGUGGCCGAGGGCGGGGAGAUCGUGGGAGAGGUGGCAACGGCAGAGGUCGGGGUCGAGGCCGAGGCGGUUAUGAUGGACCAGUCAACGAUGCUCGUGCAGCGAAACAAGAAAUCCCUGCCGUCGACGACUUCCCCGCCCUUCCUGCUGGAAAGAAUAACAACAAUAACAACACGAAGGCGGAUACAGAACAGAGCAGCAAUGCACAGUCAAAACCCACCAUGGCGCAGGCGGCUAAGGCCCCUCCUCCGCCUUUACCCUCUGUUGCGCCUGGCGGAAGGUGGGAUGAUGAGAUGGAAGCUCUUGAUGCUUUGAAUCAGUCUCAAUCAUAG